ACCCGCGAGAACGGAGCGGUGGUUGCCUCCCUUAUUCGGUACGUACGUUCGAUGCGCCCCCUCCAUCACCCCCUGCCCACCUAACAGCAAGUCUCUGUCGAGGCAGUGUCGCGCAGAGUGUCGUACGAGGCGUAUUGCUCCGCGUCUAUCUCUCUCUUUCUCUCUAUCUCUCUCCUAUCCCCUUUUUCAUCGGUUGUACUCUCUGCGUCUAUUUGUAUAUACGUAAAGCGAGCCUCGUGACCCUUUCGACUUGGUCGUUCUGUGCACGCGUCAGAGAGAGGAUUGGAGGAGCUAUUCUACCGAGCAGAAGCCAUAGAGCGAGGAAGAUAGAAGAAAGAGGUUCUGGAGGAGAAUCUUGGAGGAAGAACGAGGACGGUGGCGGCUACGCUGCGCUAGCGGUCGAGUGUCCAAGGUGCGACUGUCCGAGGAAUCAGGCGCGCCAUAAUGGCGGAGGUGGCGACGAAGAAGACGAUCAACGUAGUAAGUAGCAAGAAAACCGAGGUGUGCAGUGUUCAGUCUAACAAUGGUUUGAUCGAGUUGGAUAACAUAACCGCGAGUAACAAGCAACUAAUCUCGUUGUGCGACACCAACGACGACGAGGAUGACCUAAUCUUGACUAACAACACGCGUAACGAGCUGGACACCGACGACAAGAGCCUUCAGGAAUUGAUCGAGAGCGAGCUUGCCCUUAGAAUCUGCUCGAGCACCGAGGAGGAAACCGGCGUCGAGGUUGAGGAGCAGCAAGAGACGGCGAACGAGCCGGAAACAGUGAAAAGGAUCGUUUUAGACAGACAACCAGACACUCUAGACGUGAACUCCGAAUUUAUAGCCGCGGAAACGAAACAUUCCGCGAUAAUAGAGAAACCUUAUAGCUAUCAAAAUGGUCACAUGUCGCCGGAAACGAAAAUCACAGAGUCUCCUUGCGAGGAGAACGUGGUGAAGCCGGACCCAGUCGCGGUGGGCUUCAGGGAAGAAGAGGAGGAGCAAGUGUUCGACGAGCAACCGGAAGUUGGCAGUACGAUAGUAAUCGAGGAAACAACGACGAACGAGAUCGAUCAGUUAACACGCGACACAUCGGACGAUGGGAAAUUAUUCGCGGAGAACGAGGAAAACGAGGAACCAUGUCCGAGUUAUCCUGCUCUUCGUCCAGCUGAGACCACCGAAAGGCUACCAGAUGUGACGAACGUGAGCCAAGAAUCCUUCGAAUCUCCGUACGAGCCUAAGGAAGAACAGGUAACCACCACGCCUGCGAGCUACGUCGACAAAUAUCAGGAAGAGAAAGAGGUUCGGGACAUGGUUUCGGAGACUAUAGAAACGGACGUAGCUCUGCUGGACUCUGAACAGACAGACGAAACUAAUCUCCGGAAGAAAGAAGUCGUGGACACGUGGACAGAUCAGUCCGCGUUCACAGAAGGCCAACAGACCGGUCAGUUCUCCGACAAUUUCGAUCAAACGUUGUGUCAAGAGGAGGUCGAAGAACCUAUCACCUUGGAAGAAUUCACCAAAGAAACUUCGAUGGAGAACGGUAAACCUGACGACGUGUUCGUACCGCUGAUCGAGAUCGAAAGUGCGAAGGAGCAGGAAGCGGACGAGGUGAAAGAGCUUUCUUCGGUGGACGAGGACAAAUCUCCUAGUAUAGCGGAGGAGAAAAUUCUCGAGGAUCUCGCGGAGUGUAAGACUGCCAGCGACGAACCGGAAGACGUGAUUCUGAGCCAAUCGGAGAGCUUCACGGAGGCUGCGAGCACUCGGGAAUUCUUGGACACCGAGCGUAGUGUGUUGAGCGAAGAUAUCGCGGAGCAUUAUCCGCAGGAAGAUUCUCAAGUUCGAGAAAUCGGUGGUCAGACAAAGAAGGAGGAGGAGGACGAGGAGGAGGGUCAGAUGAAAGUGGAGGAGGCGAACGAUAACAUAGACGAGCAGAACACGAUAACAGAGUCGUCGAGCGAGCUAUCGGUGUCCGAGCCCACGUUCAUCGAGAAAACGGAGGUGGUUGUGUCCGAGAGCAGCGCGAAGAUAAUGUCGGAGACGCAUUGCACCGAGGCCGGAACAGACGCUGAACCAGUCGACGAGGAGCACAGCAACGAGUGCGAAUCACCGGCUCGUGCACCACUCGCCACGCCCGACGACGAGACCAGCGACGUUUCUAACGCGUGUGACAGCGAGAGCAGGGAGGAGACGAUAGCAACGAGCGUGGAGAGUUCACCAGGCACCAAGGGUGGGACCAAGACGAAGAAGAAGAAGAUCGAGGGCGUCGCCGGUAACGAUGCCUCGGCUAACCUCACUCCACGCACAAAGAAGACCAAGAAGAGCAAGAAGAGCGAGCUCGAGAAGGAGAACAUCUCCGUGAACUGUAACUCGCGAGAGCCGAGCAUGCACCCCGGCCCCCGACAGACCCAACCGGAAACGCUCGAUUUCUCGGACGAGGACGAUCUGUCGAACGUGAACGUGAAGUCUCUGACAAAGAAUUAUGUAUCGGAGGCGACUCGAAACGAGCAGGAUCGGUGCACGAAGGAAAAGAUCGCUACUGGCGUGUCGAUCAAACAGUUGUGUCGUAGCUUUGGCGACAUCUCGAACAUGAGCGACGGCGAUCAGACGACUUAUGGGAAAAACAAUCACACCAUGGACACCGAGGAGAAAGCAAGGUCGCUGGGUGAUCUGCGAGUAUGCGAGAAGGGUUAUUCGAAGUUCACCAAAGACGCGCUCGUCUUCGCCGGGGUGUCGGUCAAGGCCCUCAAGUCGAGCUUCAAUAAAUUCGACGCUCUCAGCAAGAAGACGGUGCUGCAUGUGCGUUCGAUCGACGCGGGCAAAGUGCAACAGCAGCUGAACGCCGUGGGUCAAAAUGGCGAUACGAAUCCGAACUGCCGCAGCUGCGGCAAGGUCGUCUUCCAAAUGGAACAGACAAAGGCCGAGGGUCUGGUCUGGCACAAGAAUUGCUUCCGGUGCGUCCAGUGUAGCAAGCAGCUUAACGUGGACAAUUACGAGAGCCACGAGAGCACGCUUUACUGUAAGCCACACUUCAAGGAACUCUUCCAACCGAAACCGGUUGAAGAGUCCGACCAGCCUGUGCGACCUCGAAAGCCGGAGCUGAUCAUACGGGAGAACGAGCCGAAAGAGCUGCCGCCCGAUGUGGUCAGAGCGUCAGACAAACCGGACCUGGGCCUCGCCGAGUUGUCGAGCCUGAACGUGAAAUCACGGUUCCAAGUGUUCGAGAAGGCCGGCACUGAGACGAACGAGAUCGAAAGGUCGCCGUCGCAGAUCGCUGUGAAGAGGUCUCCAAGUAUCCUGAGCAAGCUCGCCAAAUUCCAGGCGAAAGGCAUGGAUAUCGGCGUGGCAGAUGAGUCUCUGAAUGGAAUCCCUUACGAAGAGUCGAGCGAGAGCGAGGAAGAGGAGGAAGUGGAGGAAACGGAGGACGUGGACCCGGAGAUCGUGAAGGCGAAACAGGCGGCGAGGGAGCACCCCAUCAGCUUCUCGAAAAUGAAAGAGGAGAUCGCUGGCAUACGCUCGAGAUUGUUCAUGGGCAAACAGGGUAUGAUGAAGGAGUUGUAUCAGCAGGCUGUGGCCGGAAGCGAGCGCGUGACGAAGAUCAAUGCCGCAGAGGAGAUCCAACACUCGACCCACGCUCGUUCGAUCAAAGAACGAUUCGAACGUGGCGAGCCUAUCGCCGCGUCCGACGACGAGACGGACAGCAAACCGAAACCGGAGAAGGCAGACGAGGAAGUGAUCGCAGCAGGUGCAUUUCACCGUACCGAAAUAUAUAUAUUUAGAAGCCCGUUAAAUGUAAUUAGCCCUGCAGAAAUUUAUACGCCAUUUGACUGAAAAAAAACUGUGUAACCUGUGCAAACGAAGGCAUUCAUGGGGCGGCAAGUGUCCGACGACGUGGUGCGCAGCUCGGACACCACCGAGGAGGUCCAAGUCGAGACCUCGGACAUUUCGAAUAAAUUCAAAUUUUUCGAGUCGUACAAGGAGCCGGAGAAACAGCGGAAGCAAUUUCGAAUCACUCCUCCUCGCGAUGGUCAACUAAAGAUGGAUUCCCCCGAACGCGAGAUAUACCGUGAUCCAGACGUGGUCAGAGCAGACGAUAGGGUGAACGAAGUGGUGCACACAGACACUGCCAGGAAAAUGUUAUCGAUUUUCCGGCAGAUGGAGGAGAACGCGUGCAAGAAGGAAGUUCCAAACGGUCCAAAGCCGUUGAAACGUUUCACGCCUCCUCCGGAGGAUAAAUACGCGAAACCAACCGCCUCGGACUCCGAAGAGGAAGAGGACGAAGAAGGAGAGGAAUCCGAGGAGGCAGAGAGCGGCGAGGAAAGGGAUCCUAACUACGUGAGGGCUUCUGAUAAGGUAGAGGACGAGUUCUUGAAGCAGGCGCAAAACGCAGCGCGCGCGAAGACUUUGUGCGCGAAAUUCGAGCACUGGGAGGAGACAGACGCGAAGACGACGUCGUCGAGCAGUCAGCAUAUCGCAGAGAUGGAAAUCGCUGCUCAGAAUACCGGCGAUCAGCAGCUAAGCAUAGAGUCAGCGAGUAGUCUCAGAGCCCGUUUCGAGUCUCUGGGCUCGCAAACGAACGAAUCGCCACGCACACCGAAGGUCAAAGUCAAUCGAUUCGUGGAGAUUCAGGCGAGCUGUACGGACGUGUGCGAGAGCUGCGAAAAGAAAGUGUACCCCCUAGAAAAGGUGGAGACAAAUAACAAAAUAUUUCACAAACAGUGCUUCCGGUGUCUGCAGUGCAAUUGUGUGCUAAGGAUGGACACGUUCACCUUAAACAAUGGUAAACUCUACUGCAUCCCGCAUUUCAAACAGCUGUUCAUCACGCGGGGAAACUACGACGAGGGUUUCGGCGUGGAUCCACACAAGAACAAGUGGACGACCAGCUCGAGCAAUCCGACGAGUCCGUCGCCGAUCGCCGUGUCGAACGGCGAUCUCUGAUUUCCCGCGAAUCGCGAAUGUUAUUGUAAUUAGACGAGAGAAAGAAGGUAGGAGUAACGAAAUGGUAAAAAUGAGAAGGUGUGAGAAAAGGAGAAAAGCAAACAACGACGACGAAAGUACGCCCCCGGUCGGCUGUAAAACUGCGCGUCAACCGACGAGGAACAGAGUUCCUUCGAUUGAGCACCGGUCGUCGGGGGCUGUUGAGGAAAAAGAGAAUAAGAAAAACGAGAAAAAGAGAAAAUUGUGGAUACUCUUCUAGUUCUCCAAAGAACGAUCUUCGGGGCCUGUUUGCGAAUCGAUCGCGAAUCGUUUUUAAACUUCCCCCUCUUCCUACUAACUUACUCCUCCUCGCGACAUUUCUGUGACUGAUAUCGCGCGUUGACCAUGUUAUUAAUUAUUAUAUAUCGAACGAGAAAAAAAGAGACUUCUUUCCCGCGACGGGACUUGUCUUUCCCCUCCCGGACUGCGAUGAUUAAUUAAAAAAUUCCUCGUUCCCCCUCUUCGUCCCUUUUGCUGUCAUUUUAAGUAUUUUAUUUUUUAGACACCUUUUUCUCCUAGAACCCCUAUUUUGCCA